AUGGCGAUUUGGAUGAUGAUGAUGUGUCGUACUUGUUACUUUGCCCCUGCCGUGGGAAACCGCCUCCACCGUCUGGCGUUCCUCGGCAGCACGCAGGUGGCUAAACGGUCGCACACGACAUCCAAGCAGCAAAGCGACGGCCACGCGGACGUCUCAGUCACUGCGCCGCCCGCGUCUCCUUUAUCCUCCGCGCCGUUGGAUGCCGAUGCCGCCGCCCCGCCGCCCCCCGAGGACCCCACCAGGGACACCAGCGCGCCUCUUCAACAAGGCGAGCGAGCGACGGAUGUUGAGCCACUGCGAUGGGUGCAGAACGCGUCUGGCGACCCCUUGACGGAACCUAUCGUUGAUGACAAGGGACAGUUCAUUGUCUCCCGCGUGCAGUGGCCGACGGGCGAGAUAGCGUACACCACGCCGCCUCCGCCCGAUGGCAAGUUAAGCCCUCGUUUCGGGUAUAACGUUGUGCAGGUGAAGAAGAGCGUGUCGUGGUGGAAGCACUACCAGAAGUACCCGCGCUUCUCCAUUGCGCACGUAAAUAUCCAUGUGCUCUUCCUGCUGGGAGCCGCGUGGCUGCUGGCGUUCCUCUCGGAGGAGUACCGCAGGACUAUGGAGGAGAUGCGCACGCCAGGGGCGAUGGUUGGGGAGCAGCGGGGCCGUGGGUCGGUCAAUCGCCAGACGCAAAAAGUUGCCUUCACGCCCAGCGAGAUGUCGGAGCUCGUCGGCCGGGCGCAGAACAACUGGUUGGACGCCAGGGCCGAGGCCAACUACAUUGGCUCAAAGGAGUACAGCAUGAAGAAGAUCCCGCGACCGAAGGAGUUCUCCAUGGAGGACUUUCGCAAGCGGUAG